AUGUCGACACCCCAACUGGCAAACUUCAAGCUCCCGGCUUGUUAUAAUGAGCCCAUGAGGAGUUAUGGGCCCGGCUCCUCUGAGCGGAAGGCCUUGCAAGAGGCCAUCGCUCAGAUGGAGAGCGAGCUGCCCUUCGAGGUGCCAUGCGUCGUGAACGGGAAGCCGGUAAAGACAGGGAAGCUUGCAAAGCAGCCCAUACCCUCCGAGCACGCGAAACACCUCUGCACGUACCAUGAAGCCGACCAGGCGACUGUCGCCAGUGCCAUCGACGGCGCUCUGGCGGCCAAGGCGGAGUGGGAAGCCAUGCCCUGGGGCGAUCGCGCUGCCAUCUUCCUCAAGGCGGCCGAUCUGGUCAGCGGUAAGUACCGCUACAAGCUGAUAGCUGCCACCAUCCUUGGCCAGGGAAAGAAUGCCUGGCAGGCGGAGAUCGACGCUGCAGCAGAGCUCUCGGACUUCCUCCGCUUCGGGGUAAAGUAUGUCGAAGAGCUGUACUCUCAGCAACCGUCACAAAACUCGCCUGGCUGCUGGAAUCGCGUCGAGUACCGUGCAUUGGAGGGCUUCGUCCUCGCAGUGUCGCCAUUCAACUUCACUGCCAUCGGCGGUAACCUGCCAGGAGCACCUGCUAUGGUUGGUAACACCGUCGUGUGGAAGCCCUCGCCCGCAGCUACGUACGCCAGCUGGCUCGUCUACCAGAUAUUCCUCGAGGCGGGAAUUCCCUCGGGUGUAAUCCAGUUUGUCCCCGGCCCUCCCGCAGAGGUCGUCGGGCAGUGCAUCGCACACCCGGACUUCGCCGCGCUGCACUUCACCGGCAGCACGUUCGUGUUCAAGCAGCUCUGGAAGGACAUCGCGUCGCACGUCGACACGUACAAGAGCUACCCCCGCAUUGUCGGCGAGACGGGCGGGAAGAACUUCCACCUCGUACACUCCUCGGCUGAACCGAAGAACGCGGUGAUGCAGACCAUCCGGUCAGCUUUUGAGUACCAAGGCCAGAAGUGCUCCGCUCUGUCACGGCUGUACGUCGCGUCGUCCGUGUGGAACGCGGGCUUCAAGGACCUCCUGCUUUCUGAGAUUGCGAAGCUAAAGGUUGGCAGCCCGAAGGAAUUCACCAACUUCGUCGGGCCCGUCAUCGGUCGGCCUGCGUUUGACAAAAUUACCGGGUAUAUCAGGAAGGCCAAGGAGGCCGGCGGAGAGGUCCUGAUCGGUGGUAGCGGUGACGACUCGGUUGGAUACUAUGUCCAGCCCACCGUUAUCCUCACGAAGGACCCGAAGUCUAUCACCAUGAGAGAGGAGAUCUUCGGACCCGUGCUCACCGUCUUCGUAUAUGAGGACAGCGACUUCGACAAGACGCUAGAGCUGAUCGACACCACGACCGCCUAUGCUCUCACCGGGUCAAUCUUCGCGCAGGACCGCAAGGCGCUGAUCCACGCGACGAAUAAGCUACGCAACGCGGCCGGGAAUGUGUACUACAACGAGAAGUCGACGGGCGCGGUCGUCGGGCAGCAACCAUUCGGCGGCGGGCGCGCGAGCGGGACGAACGACAAGGCGGGAAGCAUCUCCAUCUUCUACCGCUUCGUCUCGCCACGCAGCAUCAAGGAGAACUUCCUCUCGCUCGAGAGUUAUACGUACCCGUCCAACUUGGCGUAG